AUGUGGCCCCAGCUCUUGGUUGGCACCAUCUCCACAGGCACUGACACGAGCUCGCCGCGACCGAAACUUCACUCCGCUCUGCGGAGGACGCCGCGUUUUCACGUUGAUAGGGCCAACUUGGGCUUUUUCAUUUUUUUCCCCAUGCGACGCCACAUGAAGCAGGAUGUGCUCCGGCGACAAUCGGGCACAUGGCGACUGAAAAUGUCUGAUGCAGCAAACGACUUGGUCUAG